AUGAAGUGUGUGCCCCCUCCUACUCCAAGCGGGCAUGGGGCUCGAUGGCACAAGCAUUGGAGUCCACCCAUUGGCACCCAUCGAGAGGAACGCAAAAAAGAGAACGUGGCAAGGGCCAACAAAGUGGAUCGAAGGCGACGGGAGAAGCCGUGGUCGAUUUGGGCGGAGGAAAUCAAGGAUCGCGAUGAGAAGAUGCGAAUGGAGAGCAGUACUGCACAAGUAUCCACUUCUACUACCGCAGCCGCUGGUGGGGCCAUGGGCCAUGGGACCAUUACUAAUCUUGGCACUGCGGUUCUUACAGUGAAAGGUACUUACUACGAAGCCCUCUUUGUAUCUACCGUCUGCAUGGAGUACCCGUCUACGGCCAGAGUUAGCAAGAAAGUACGGAUCAUGAGUCUGCAGUCUCACACCUUGUCCACGAUGACGGUGCGUAGCGGGUCGGACCUGCAUAAGGCUCAAAGUCAGUAUGAGAGGGUGACGGUUCAAACUCAACUUCUCUGGCCAUGUGGCAGUGCCAUGUGGGUGACUACGCUCCCAAAGGAUGCCUCUCACCUUCGCUAG